AUUCUUGUCUUCAUACGGCUAGCGCCAAAAAACUGAUUGAGAGACGUGGUCCAACAAAGAAGAAAACGGGCUUGCAAACCAAGUGGCUCUUGCUCUUAUUACUAGUUCCCCGCUCUGCUUCACAAAAAAUAUCUCAAAUUUAUAGUAUCUCUCUGAUCAAGCUUCAAUGGCUGCAUUAAGUUCAGUUUCAGUAGCGCACGUAUCAUUUUCCAUAUCUAACCCUCAAAUCCCAAGAAGUUACAGACGUUUGCCUACUUUAUUUGCAUCAGCAUCAGCAUCAACUACACCUUCCCACGAAUCAUCUUCAUCCACACAAAGUGGGAGUGUAUUAUCCUCAACUAAUUCUCCACCAAAAGUGCCCUUUGUUGAGUCCUCUAAAACCCCGGAUAAUGGAUUCAACUAUGCUUUGGCAAAUCCUAAUGGAAACCCAGUUGUUAGAUUUGUUCAGCACACAGAAUCAACAAUUGAAAGGGCAAUAUUUGACUUUCGUUUUCUAGCAUUCCUUGCUAUCGGAGGCUCAUUGGCUGGUUCGCUGCUCUGCUUCCUCAAUGGUUGUGUCUACAUUAUUGACGCUUACAAGGUUUAUUGGACGAGCUGUGUCAAGGGAAUUCACACAGGACAAAUGGUUCUGCGUUUGGUUGAAGCUAUAGAUGUUUAUCUUGCUGGGACCGUGAUGUUCAUAUUUGGGAUGGGCUUAUACGGAUUGUUUAUCACUAAUGUCUCUGCUAAUGUGGAUCCAACUGCCGACCGUGCCCUCAAGCACUCUUCCUUGUUUGGGAUGUUUGCUCUGAAGCCAAAUGAAACUCCUAAAGGUUCAUUGUAUCAUCUAUUCCUGCUAGCAGUCUGCUGAAGAUUGUGGUACUCUCACGACUACAAUAAAUUCUGAAUAUCCCCCAGAAGACUAAUAUAAGAGGUAUUGAAGAUUUAAUUAGAUUGCUGAAGAUUGUAGUAAUCAUAAAAAGCAUAAGUUUCACGAAGCGAGUAAUAUUCUUUCUCUUGUACCUAACUACUGUUUUGACCCUUUAAAUGUGCAUUAGAGAUUUGAAAGUCUAGUCCAGUUUGUGAUUGAAGGAAAAAUGUUGCUGUAACAUGUAAACUUGUGAAGAUGACUGCAUCUUGCAUACAUCAACCAUGAAACAUGUGCAAUUGUGGGUAUAGA